AAAUUCAUCCUUCAGGCUCAGUGGCGGACAUUAGAGAAGAGGACCGCUGGAGUAUACGGACGUGUGCUUUGUUUAGUUGGAGUCUACAUUAGUCUGUCUGUUGGGAAGGCGAACAAGCUGUGCCCUUUCAAAGCGACUUGGCGAACGGCUGGAAGUGGGCGCACUCGUGGCGUCUCCGCUGUCCUGCUCCACUCCUGACAACCCCGCUAUGCUGAGUUCACUGCUGGCUGUACCGCUACACAGAAUGCGGCUGUGACUACUUACCAGCUAACUUUGGAGCACCGAAAGACAGCCUGUCGCCAGCCAAGGGGCAAUACAGGAGAUUUGACACCGCGCAGAGAACCUAUAUUUGUCCGCGGUGCAAAAGGGAACGAGAAUCUCCCCGCUGUCGCCACCUCCGCCACCAGUUUCCUUUACGAGAGAAGAGGAUUUUAGCCUGACGAGAAGGGAUAUAGCGGACAACUGGAGAUUAACGAUCUGUAAGGUGCACGGCACAAUGGGAACCCUAAGCCUCUGAGGGUGGAGCACAAAAGACCAAACGGAAUUGGCCAUAUAAAGCCAACGAGGGACAAAAGAGGAGGAGAAGGUGGGACAGGAGCAGGCGGAACAAUUCUAACCCGGCGCCAAGCCAGCAAGCAGGAGAGCUUUUCAACUGAAGAAGGGGUGGAGAAAGAAGAGAGGGGGGAGUGAAAGGAGGGUGUUGUUUUACCUCCCUUGGGUGCAUGCACCCUCUCAACACCCCCGCAACGUGGACAUCCACUUUUUUAUUUGUUAGUGACAGGCUAACAAAAGGAGAAGAAUGCGCAAUAAAGCAAGUAUUGAAUGCCUUUGGGCAAAGAGCGGCCUUAGCAUGACACUACCCAGGACUAGAGCUUUGAUGUUGGGCCUUCUACUGGCUGUGACAGGAUGGUUAACCCCAGUGGUGGCAGAUGUGCAGAUGGAUGACAUGGUGAUAAUAGACGCUGGUGGAGAGCAGGGCGCACUAGGCCUGGAGCUGGAGGCUUCCAUGCACUCGUCGCUCCUGCAGGGUUUCCACGAAGUAACACACGAUGUCAGGACACUAGGACCUGCUGUGGCCCAGCAGAACACAGCUGCACCCACUGCCUUCCCAGAUUCCUCAGCGGUAGUCGGGCGGAUCUUCAGAAUGAAGGUGCCGAACAAGAUGGAGGGCGUCUACCUUGGUGAUAUCGUCAAGAUCACUGAGAUGGGUAAGGAGUCCCUGCCUGAUUGGCUGCACUGGGAUGCCCCCAACAGAAUCCUGCAGGGUUUGCCACUGGAGGAAGACAAAGGAGUCCAUUACAUCUCUGUGUCCAUCGCAGACAACAAACAGUCCUCUUCUUCAUCAGAGGUGUUCUCCAUUGUGGUACAUCCAGAAGACCAUAUGGACAUUGAAUCAAUCCAAGUAGCAUCCACUCAAGCUUCCGGGCAAGAGGAAGUCCAACCAUUCUCGUGUAACAAUGAGGAUCCUGUUACAGUCCUGACAGUCAUUCUUGAUGCUGAUCUGACCAAAAUGAACUCGGCAGAGAGAGUGGCCCUGCUGAACAAUAUGAGGAAAUUCUCAGGAGUGGAACUUCAGCACAUGAAGAUGCUCCCAGUUGUCAACAACAGACUGUUUGACAUGACUGCAUUCAUGGCUGGUCCUGGUAAUGCCAAGAAGGUUGUGGAGAAUGGAGCCCUGUUGUCCUGGAAACUUGGUUGCUCAUUGGACCAAAGCAGUGUCCCAAACAUCGACAGUGUCCAGGGCCCUGCAAAAGAGGGAACAAUGUCAGCUAAACUUGGCUACCCAGUUGUAGGCUGGCACAUUGCCAACAAGAAACCACAUAUCCCCAAACGUGUGAGGAGGCAAUUAUACAACACUCCAACACCUGUUCUUGCUGUUCUUCCCCCGACAUCAGCAGUGGAGCCCCCUCCUGUGAGAAUUGUCCCAACUCUCUCCUCACCUUCUAUUGCUGGACCAACUGAAAGUGCUGCCUCUCCCGCCAGAGGCCCUGUCCCUCUCCCAGGCAGACCCACCGUCAGAUUCCGUGACACUAUAGCCCACACUCCAACACAGGAACCUCUUCCUCCAACAAAAGUUAUGGACAGCACCAGUUCUAUAUCUAUUGAACCAUCUUUGACAAGACCUCCUUUUGUGCAACCCACUGCUACUGUCCCACCUACACGCAAGACUACUACAAGAAAACCCAAAAAGCCCAAAACAACCCCAGUGCCAAAAGAACCAAAGAUUACUACUCCUAAGCCAAUAAGUACACAAUCUCCAGGUGUCAUCCCAGAUCCUUUCAAUGAGAAACCUGAAUUGCGUAACCCAAUAGACCAGGUAAAUGCCCUGGUCGGUACCUAUUUUGAGGUCAAGAUUCCUUCAGAUACUUUCUUUGAUAAUCAAGAUGGCACAACAGAUAAGUUACGCCUGUCUCUGAGACAGAAUCACAAUGAGGUUGUUGGAGAAGGUUCCUGGAUUCAGUUCAAUACCACCAGUCAACUUCUGUAUGGCAUUCCUGAUGUCAAACAUAUUGGAAAACAUGAAUACUUUAUGCAGGCAACAGACAAGGGUGGUCUUAAUGCUAUUGAUGCUUUUGAAGUACGUGUAAAUCGCUGGCCUACAAAUGACAAAACUCCAGUCAUCUUUACUGCUCGAUUUGAUGGUGAACCACAAUCUGUAACUAAUGACAUUCAUAAGAAAAUCCUACUGGUCAAGAAGCUGGCAUAUGCACUGGGAGACCGUAAUAGCAGUACUGUGAGUAUCAGGAACAUAAGCAAAGGAUCUAUUGUUGUUGAAUGGACAAACACUAGCCUCCCACAGCACCCAUGUCCCAAGGAGCAGCUCAUAGCCAUGAGCCGUACCCUGGCCAGUGCAGACGGGAGGCCGUCUCAGACCUUCCGUUACGCCAUGGAGCCUGAGUUCAGACCUUUGGAUGUCACAGUGAAGGGCCGAGCCAGCUGCAGAACACAUUCCUUUAUUCCCCCGGGAGAGAUCGAUAUACCAGAGCCAGCACCCGUCACACCCGCUUUGGGAACAGGCCGCCAAAGCACAGAUGAUGUCUAUUUGCACACAGUCAUCCCUGCAGUGGUGGUAGCAGCCAUUUUGCUCAUCGCCGGUAUCAUUGCCAUGAUAUGCUACAGGAAGAAAAGAAAGGGAAAGCUGACUAUUGAGGACCAGGCUACCUUCAUCAAGAAAGGUGUGCCUAUCAUUUUUGCAGAUGAACUGGAUGAUUCCAAACCUCCUCCAUCUUCAAGUAUGCCUCUGAUUCUCCAAGAAGAAAAGCCCCCACUACCACCCCCUGAAUACCCCAACAUGGCCACCCCAGAGACAACUCCUCUAAACCAAGAACUGCUAGGGGAAUAUACAGCUUUGCGGGACGAAGAUCCCAAUGCACCCCCCUACCAGCCUCCUCCUCCCUUCUCUACACCCAUGGAAGGAAAGGGCUCCCGUCCCAAGAACAUGACCCCCUACAGAUCCCCACCCCCCUACGUGCCCCCCUAAGACUUGUAUAUCCCUCCCCGUUGUAGGGUGGAGGGAGCAGAUGCCUGAAGAACUGCGACGGUUUCCUUUCUGGUGUUGUCUGUCUGGACAUUUUCUUGGAGGAAUGACAAGAGGUGCUAAAGUACAAAAUAACUAUAGGGGUCGCGAGUCAGGGAGUUGGGUGGGGAUUUUCAGCUGAAUGAGGGGAUGUUUGCUUGAAACGGCUGGGAUGGACUACUGUUUUUAGUAGUAGCCCGGCUUCUAUUGUGGCCUAAGACAAACAACUGCUUGUCACAUUGGAUUUCCGAUUCUAGACCAGUUUUGGUCAAAGGGGAGGUGUGCUCUCCCUUCCCAGCAUUUGAUUACUUUUCUGGUUUGGAUACAAUCAUUUUGUCAUAGGGUUUCACAUCUUUUUUUUUUUUCUUUUUUUUUUUUCCUUUUUUCUCAACUGAAUCAUUUCGCCUAACAACUGUUCUUUUGUCUUGCUUUUUAUUAAUCUGAGAAGAUGUUGAACUGCCAUCAGACUACUACAGGCGAUAUGUCAUGUUUUUAUAAAGGAGGGAUGAGUUUGGCUAAAAAUAGAGAAAUAGCUUCACACUGAUCUCAAAUAACUCUCGAAGACAAAAGAAUGGGAGCCCUGUGUGUGGGUGAAUGAACAAGCUUGUGUUUUACCCAGUUCAUUAUGGUUUGCCUUUUAACACUUGUCUCUUUUGGUCUUUAUUCACAAUGUCUAGUAUUGAUGAGAAUAACAAGGUAGCCUAAGAUGAUUUUAGAAAUGAAUAAAUAAAUAAUUAGUUUGUUUUAUUGAUUCUUUUUUUUUCUUCUGUUGAUUGUAUAUGGAUGACCUUCAGGUAGCAUUAUCUUCAUUUUGAGGGGAGGAAAGCCUGAAGGAAAGGAUUGCCUCACUAAAAUAACCUGCAGGAGCUUACCCAAUCAAGUCUGUAAGUUAACUUGAUUCACUUGGCUAAUAAUAUAUAAAUAUGGUUAAAAUAAAUAAAUUAUCUCACUAACUUAUUAGGUGUGUAUUUCAGUGUGGAAAAACAUUUUAAACUUAUAUCAAACAUGAAAAAUAAUAUAACAGUGUAACCGAUUGGGUCAGUACAGCAGCCACUGGCUAGUGUUACCAGAUCCGCACCGUAGCAAAAUAACACCAAAAAUGUACAUAUUUGGAAACAAAAGCCCUACAGUUUAUUUUGGAAUAUUAUAUUAUUUUUGUACUUUCUAUUUUAUCUACUGAGGUAAUUCUUCUCUCCAGUUACCCAAGUUCUAUUUUGUGCCAAUGUCUCAGAUGGAUAAUGAAGCAACAAAAAUUACUGAUCAGGUGGUCAGGAUAACUUUUAUUAAAAUCUCAUCUUACAUAAUCACUGGAAAUGAUCAACAAUAAAUCUCCUAAUUUUUUACAAAGUUUUUGAUACAGCCUCAAAUAGUUUGAGUAUUAAAAUAAACCAACAAAUGAUUAGUCUUUUGUGAUUUGAGUACCCUUAGCUUAGAAGUUUGAUUCAGUUAUGUACACCUUUUUGUUUUGGGUCACAUUUCAGUUGUUUUAUUUUAUUGUGUGUGUUUGCAUAUGAAAAUGUAUCUUCCACUAUACAACAAUGAAAUGACCCAUAUUUUAUGUAACCACAAAGUUUAUUUUUAGCUCCAUUAUUUUAGCUGAUAAGUUUUAACUAAAGUGACCCUUUGCAAUAAUAUGUAACAUGCAGUCCAUUCGGCGACUGGAGGACGCAGGCUCAAGCGAAUGACUUGUAUUGUUCAAAUGUUGGUUUUUUUGCAGGAUGCCAAGGCUUUUUUUGCUUCUAAAGUGUGCAUUGACAUAAUAAAACCGACUGGUACGAAAAUAAAUUGCACUUAUUUUUCCUCAUUUAAA